CAAGAACAUCAUCAGCGCGGCAAGUUUGCAGAAGCCGACAGCCGACCGACACGCUUCACGCUCCUUCUGCUAAACUCAGGUGGCGCCGCCGUCUUUCAACAUGUCUGACACCGAAGACUACGAUCAGACGGAGGAGGAGAAGCCAAAGUUCAAGCCGAGCGCUCCCAAGAUCCCCGAUGGCGAGAAAGUCGACUUUGACGACAUCCAGAAGAAGCGCCAGAACAAAGACCUGGUGGAGCUCCAGGGCCUGAUCGACGCCCACUUCGAGUGCAGGAAGAAGGAAGAGGAGGAGCUCAUCGCCCUGAAGGAGAGGAUCGAGAAGCGUCGCGCCGAGAGGGCCGAGCAGCAGCGGAUCCGCGCCGAGAAGGACAAGGAGCGGCAGGCCAGACGCGAGGAGGAGCGUCGGAUCAAGGAGGAGGCGGACGCCAAGAAGAAGGCCGAGGACGAAGCCAAGAAGAAGUCGGCGCUCUCCAACAUGGGAUCCAACUACAGCAGCCAUCUGCAGAGGGCCGACCAAAAGCGAGGAGGAAAGAAAGAAACGGAGCGAGAGAAGAAGAAGAAGAUUUUGGCCGCCAGACGCAAGCAGCUCAACAUCGACCAUCUCAACGAGGACAAGCUCAGGGAUAAGAUCAACGAAUUGUACGACUGGAUGUGUCAGCUCGAGUCGGAGAAGUUCGACCACACGGAGAGGCUGAAGAGGCAGAAGUACGAGGUCACCACCCUGCGCAAGCGAGUGGAAGAGCUCAGCAAGUUCAGCAAGAAGGGAGCCGCCGCCCGCCGCAGGAAGUAGACGUCGCGGGUGAAGUUAGUGUCGCUGAGAAGACAAGACGGACGAACCGCGUCGUCAUCGCUAGCUAACGGCUAAUGAUAACAAUAAAGAGACGUUGGACCUCCACGCCCUCUCCGCUGUUUGGUUCUCAGCAUUUUUGUAAAUAAAAGUUUGA